AUGGCCAUGAACAAUGCUACAGCAGUGUUUGAAUUUCUCCUUAUUGGAAUUUCUAACUAUCCUGAGUGGAGGGUCACAUUUUUCACAUUGAUGCUGAUAACUUACCUCAGCACAUUGUUGGGGAAUGGACUUACCAUCUUUCUUAUCCAUUGGAAACACCUCCACACUCCAAUGUAUUUCUGCCUUAGUAACCUGCCUUUCUUAGACCUUUGCUAUGGAACAGUCUCCAUGCCCCAGGCCUUGGUACAUUGUUUCACUUAUCCCUACCUGUCUUACCUACGAUGUUUGACCUGAAUGGGUGUCUCCUUGGUCUUGGCCACAGCGGAGUGCCUCCUGCUGGCUAUCAUGGCCUAUGACUGUAUGAUUGCUAUCAGCAAUCCCCUGCGCUAUUCCGUGAUCACGAAUGGCCGAUUAUGUGUCUGGCUGGCUGCCAUCUCAUGGGGGGCAUCACUUGUGUUCACUGCCAUGCUCAUCUUAUCCCUGCAUCUUCACUUCCAUGGGGCUAAUGUCAUCAACCAUUUUGUUGAGAUUCUCUCCCUCCUUAAGCUGGCCUGUUCUGACAUAAUCCUCAAUGAGCUUAUGAUCCUUAUCACAGGUGUCUUCACCCUGCUCCUACCCUUUGGGUUUGUUCUCCUUUCCUAUGUCCAAAUUGCCACUGGUGUCCUAAGAAUUCACUCAGCCCAGGGUAGGCUCAAGGCCUUUUCCACCUGUGGUUCUCAUCUGACUGUGGUGACAAUUUUCUAUGGGACAGCCAUUUCCAUGUAUAUAAAACCUCAGUCCAAGUCAUCCCCCAACCAAGCCAAGUUUAUCUCAAUGUUUUAUGGGGCUUUGACAUCCAUGCUGAACCCCCUAAUAUAUAGCCUGAGGAACAAGGAUGUUAAGUGGGCAAUGAGGAAAGUUAUGGAGAAAAGGGCAUAAGCCUUCUUUUCGAAACUUCUCAGACAACACUCAGCUACAUUUUCACUGAUAUUGAAAAUUGUUUAAAGGAGCCGACUUUAUCCUUGGUAGGGUAGGUGACUGUCCUAUGAGAAACUUCAGGAAGUGCUCCCAACCUCCCUACCAAGAUUUGAAUUUCCAAUACAGGCAUUAUUUUGACUCUUUAUAUAUCACACAUUAGUGGUCACCCAUCAAGUAACUCAACUUCAGGUAAAUACGCUUAUCGGAAUCAUUUCCUGAGAGAAGAGAAUAAAGCAGCAAGAGAAUUUCCUAUGAUUGCUAGCAGGAGGCAAGGAAUAACUGAAAUUGAAAAAUAGGGUAAAAUGGUG